UAAUUCAUUCUCUGAAGUUUAUGCUGCAAAGAGGUUUUUUUUAGGAAAAAAUACUUAAAUUCUGAUAUUGAAAUCCUAAUAACUGAGGCCGUCAUACUUGGUUAAUACAUAAUGACAAAUGCCCUUCAAUAAUCAAGUUUACCGCCUAUAUGUCUUUUGUAUAACGCAUUAUUGGCUUAAUUGUGGCACUUAUUCAAUAUUACAUGAUACUCUCACAGAUAAUGUAAACAUGGUGUGUCCUACAACUUUUGAAGUACUUCAAGGUGGUUUUGUUAAUCGUAUUGUAGCAUAUUCCUUUGAUACACAAAAUGGGAUGUAUAGAAUUGAAGGCUUUGUUAAAAAUAUUAACUUUUCAAUUGGAAACAUUCAAAACAGUUCAUUUAAUCCAAGUAACGGAAAUGGUUUCCUCUAUGCAAGUGAGAAUACAAAUAAUACAUUUGUUUUAAAUGUAACUGAAAGCUUUUAUUCUAAUAUAGAGAAUUUUGACAUUCUUGUAGCAAUGGCAUAUGAAAUUAUAAAUGGAAGUUAUGAUUUGACGGUGACUGAUUAUUUGCAGAAUAAUUAUGCAUAUUAUGAACAAACGUUUUAUUCAUCUUCAUAUAGAUGGCGUAUUUACAAUGCAAAAUUUCCAGUUGUUGGUAAUUUUGUUUUAAACAUUCAUUGGUCAGGUCUUGGCAGAUUGGAUGAUAUUUGCUUAUUUCAAGUUUGUUCUGCAGGUUUUGGUUUUGAUGAUUCAGUUAAAAAAUGCAUAGCAACAUCAACAGAACCCCCUAAAAAUUUCUCAACAGAUUUUUUGACAACAAAAGUAACUGAAGUAACAACAACAAAGACCAAAGAUCCGACUUAUCGUCUUAUCCUGAACAUUGCUACUACAUUAGUUACUGGAAAAAUUCUUAAAUUUCUAUCAAAAAUUGAAAAAGAAUACUUAGUAUCAUUAGAUUACUAUCCAAACUCAUAUCCUGACUAUGGUUAUUAUUCUAUUAUUCGUUUUACUACUACUAGCGGAAUAAAUUAUGGUUAUAAUGGAUAUCACGUUCCUAGCAUUUAUUUACAUUCAAGUGGGAUCUUGCAGAUUGCAAGUUCCAUUAAUGGAAACGGAAUCAGAUACUAUGAAACAUAUCCUAUUGCACUAAAAGAAUGGAUAAGUAUUGAAAUAAGCCAAACAUUGAUAUGUGGUGAUUAUGUAUAUAGAAUAAAAUUAAAUGGCAAUUAUGUUUAUUUACAAAUCAAUUUUCAAUCUCAAAAUUAUAAUAAUGUUAUAGUAUAUGCUUCAGAUUUGUCAUGGCCAUCAGAUGGGUUAAUUAAAAACCUAUAUGUUUAUACUGGUAGCACAUCAACAUCAACUGUCCUUCCAAGCACUGUUGCAAUGAAAUCUACAACAUCCGCUAUUGAAGCUCCAACUAAAACUGGUGCUCCAACAACUACUAAAAAUUUUACAUCUAUACCUGAAAGUUCAAUAACAUCUACAUUCUAUCAGCUAGUCGAAAACAAGGCAACUCUAUUAGUUAUUGGAAAGAUUCUUAGUGUUCUACCAACAAUUGAAAAAGAAUACUUGGUAUCGUUCGAUUACUAUCCAAGCUCAUUUCCUUAUGUUGGGUUUUAUUCUGUUAUUCGUUUCACUAGUAUUGAUGUACCUUACGACAAUGAACACAAUGUUUCUGGUGUUUAUUUACACUCAAGUGGGAGUUUGCUGAUUGCUAGUUCCAUUAACGGAAACGGUUUUAAACACUAUUACACAGAUGUAAUUGAACUAAAACAAUGGAUAAAUAUAGAAAUAAGUCAGGCAUUAAAAUGUGGAAUGUAUAUUUACAGAAUUAAAUUAAACAGUAUUCUUGUAUAUUUAGAAGUCAAUUACCAAUCUCAAAGAUUUCAAAAUAUUAGAGUUUACGCUUCAGAUUUAACAUUACCAUCAGAUGGUCUUAUUAAAAACUUAAACGUUUAUAAUGGCGAUGCCAAUCCAUGUUAUUAUAAGAAUUGCUUCUCUUCAAGCUUUUGCAGUGUGGUGUCAGGAUAUGCUGUUUGCUCAUGUCCAACGGGAUUUAAACUGCAGUCUGAUGGUACAACAUGUACACAGGAUCCAUGUGAUUAUAAAAAUUGCUUCUCUUCAAGUUUUUGCAGCGAGGUCUCAGGAUAUGCAGUUUGCUCAUGUCCAACAGGAUUAAAACUGCAGUCUGAUGGUACAACAUGUGCACAGGACAUAACAACCAAGUUACAUCUCAUGAAAUACUAGCAGACGAAUGGGAGAUUUAUCCAGAAAGCUUUCUUAUAAAUAAUAAAAUAAGUGAAGGAGCAUAUAGUGCUGUUUUCAUGGCUAAAAUAAAUUUAAAAGUUCUUUUAAAAACAAAACAUGCUCAUCGAUCAAGAGCUUCUUUACCUGCCCUCAAUCAAAAUCGUACUAGUAAUGUAGCAGUUAAAGUUUUAAAAGAUAGUGCAAGUCAGCAAGAAAUUGAUGAUUUUAGAGAAGAAAUAAAUUUCAUGAAAAAAAUUGCUUAUCAUCAUAAUAUAGUGAAUAUGCUUGGCUGCUCUACAGUUAAAAAACCUUUAUGCUUAAUUACUGAGUUCAUGGAGAAUGGUGAUUUGCUGGAGUUUUUACGUGACAGACGUACUAAACUUCGGGUACAGAAAGACGAAAGAAUUGCGUACGCACCAAGCGUACAACCUUUUGAGAGAACAACAGUUAGGAAUUCCACAACAGAAGCAAUAUAUCAUGAAAUUCCCCUUGAGGAUAUUGAAAUAAUAACACCUAAAGAUCUGCUUAGCUUUGCAUACCAAGUUGCAAGCGGAAUGGAGUUUUUAUCAAAGAAUAAAGUGGUGCAUCGAGAACUUUCGGCAAGAAAAAUUUUAGUUGGUGCUAAGAAAAACAUAAAAGUUUCAAUUUUUGGUUUAUCACAAAGAUAUCAAAAUGAAUUGAACUACACAUCCAAUAAAAGUUGUCGUUUGCCUAUCAAAUGGAUGUCAAUUGAAGCAUUCCUUGAUCUAGUGUUCACCUCAUACAGUGAUGUUUGGGCCUAUGGUGUUGUUUUAUAUGAAAUCGUUACCCUUGGUGGAACACCUUAUCCUACUAUAAGUAAUAAUGAGCUCCUUGAAUUUUUAAAAUCUGGUAAAAGAAUGGAUCGACCAGAUAACUGUUCUACCACAUUAUACAAUAUUAUGCUGCAAUGUUGGAAUGAAAAUCCAUUACUGCGUCCAUCAUUUGCAGAACUACGCGAUCAUCUUGAGGAAUUAUUGUCACAAGGUGGUUUUUACUUUAGCUUUGAUAUUAACGAAGAAAAUUUAUAUUAUAGUUCUGCCUCUUUUAAUCAUACCCCAUCUGAGACAGGCAAUGGCUCACUUGAAGUAGAGGUAAUCCAUAAUCCCCAUUCAAUUGUCUGAAGAAAUGUGUUUAUGCAUAGUUUUUCAAUCAGCUAAAGUGAAGGAGGACUUAAGUAAAACUAAAACUUAACGGACUUAAGAAGCAUUUCUACUUAACGAGUCACUAAUUUCAAAUCAUGUUUAAUUAAACUUUUGAUGUACUUUUUAAUAUCUUGCUAAUUAAACUUUUGAUGUA